GAGAUUGCGUGGAGCAUAUUGGAGUGCUGAGCAAUUGCUAUUUAUCUCUUUUAUCGCAAUUCAAUUGGUCUUAUACCGGCGAAUCGCAUAGCAUGCCUGCGUCUGAUCGAUAGGACCCCUGCUUUUUACUCUUCAUCUCAAAACUACUAUUCACAUCUCAAACACAUCAUCAUGUCAACUCCGAGUUGCCUACCAGCCACCGUAGCGCCAACCCUCGAGGUUGCGCGCGAGGUUAUCGCCAGAUCUCGGAAUGCCAAAAACCCUCCUAACCUUCUUCCAUUGAUGACUUCCAUUCCCGCCGAGCUUCUAACUCCUACGUUAGCAUACUUGCGAAUUGCGGCCAAGUCGAAAUUGUCGUUUUUGUAUGAGAGUGCGGCUACUACCGAGACAAUUGGGCGAUACAGUUUUGUUGGAGCAGGUAUGCCGCAAUUCAAAUACGCUUUUGAUUUGGCGGCCUCGUACUGAUGGGAUUAAAAGACCCCAGGAAAAUCAUAAAAACUGGCCCUGGGCAUGGACCCGAAUGCGACCCUCUACCUAUUCUCGAAAAGGAACUAGCACAAUUCCGGAGUGCGACGGUGCCCAGCUUGAAGUUACCUCCAUUGACUGGAGGCGCCAUCGGCUACGUAGGAUAUGAUUGUAUCCGAUACUUUGAACCAACGACAGCCCGGCCGUUGAAAGAUGUUCUCGGUGUUCCGGAAUCCUUCUUCAUGCUUUUCGACACCAUAAUCGCUAUUGAUCACUUUUUCCAAGUUGUCAAAAUCAUCACAUAUGUUCCGAUACCCGACAAUGAUGUAGAUCUCGAGGUGGAAUAUCGCAAGGGGCAGGCAUUGUUGCAGGAGAAGAUUGAUGCCCUGAUAGAUCCAUAUGUUCCAGUUCCCCCGCAGGAACCUAUAAUUCCUAACCAGGAAUAUACGUCGAAUAUUGGUCAGGCAGGAUAUGAAAGUCACGUCACUAAGCUGAAGCAGCAUAUUCAGGUAGGCGAUAUAUUUCAAGCCGUUCCCUCACAGCGAUUAGCUCGUCCGACUUCGCUUCACCCUUUCAACAUAUUCCGACAUCUUCGCUCAGUCAAUCCGUCACCGUACUUGUUCUACAUAGAUUGUGAGGAUUUCCAACUUGUGGGUGCUAGUCCGGAGCUUCUUGUCAAGGAAGAAAAAGGUCGAAUCAUCACUCACCCAAUCGCGGGCACUGUUAAGAGAGGACAAACCGCCGAGGAAGACGAAGCCCUUGCAGCUGAGUUGCGGGGAAGUCUGAAAGACCGCGCCGAACACGUGAUGCUUGUAGACCUGGCCAGAAACGACGUUAAUCGCGUGUGUGACCCGAUGACCACGCAAGUUGACCGACUAAUGGUCGUUGAGAAAUUCUCGCAUGUCCAACAUCUCGUAUCCCAGGUAUCCGGUGUGCUCCGCCCGGAUAAGACAAGAUUCGAUGCUUUCCGUUCCAUCUUCCCAGCAGGCACUGUCUCUGGAGCGCCCAAAGUUCGCGCAAUGCAGUUGAUUGGUGAACUGGAGAAGGAGAAACGCGGAAUCUAUGCGGGAGCAGUCGGUUAUUUCGGGUAUGACAAGUCCAGCAUUGACGGCUCGAGUACGACACCGGGUGACAUGGAUACAUGUAUUGCGCUCCGGACGAUGCUCGUCAAGGAUGGAGUGGCGUAUUUGCAGGCUGGGGGAGGUAUUGUCUUUGACUCGGAUGAGUACGAUGAGUAUGUGGAGACUUUGAAUAAGCUGGGUGCGAAUAUUGCUUGUAUCAAGGGGGCUGAAGAGAUAUAUAUGCAGUUAGAGAAGGCAGUUGCAGCUGCUCGUGGUAACUGAUUGAUUUCUUGCCAGACAUGCAUUUAUAUGUGCAAUAUAUGUAGUCUAUAGUCCAAGGCCGAUGACCAUACUUAGGUCAAACAGCGUCCUUGAUAAACUCCAAAAACCUAUCAACCAACGUCAUCCUUCCCAAUCGUUCAGGUGAACACGCAUAUUCAUCGACCGGAAACCACCCCCUGACAGAAUGCUCUCCAU